AUGACGACGACUCACCUCGACGCUUCGGAGGUCGAUAGCUAUGACUAUCUCGUCGUGGGUGGUGGCACAGCGGGCUGUGUCAUUGCCUCGCGCCUGGCCGAAUAUCUGCCUCACAAGAAGAUUCUACUGAUCGAGGCUGGCCCCAGCGAUUUCAUGGACGAUCGAGUCUUGGAUCUCAAACAGUGGCUCAGUCUGCUCGGCGGCGAACUCGACUAUGAUUAUGGCACGACGGAGCAGCCAAUGGGAAACUCCCACAUCCGGCACUCCCGCGCCAAAGUCCUCGGCGGGUGCUCCAGCCACAACACGUUGAUCUCGUUUCGGCCAUUUGAAUACGACUGUCAAAUCUGGGAAGCGAUGGGCGCCAAAGGCUGGACAUUCAGCAUGUUCAUGCGAGUGUUGGACAAACUCCGCAACACGGUGCAGCCAGUGCACGAACGACACCGCAACCAACUAUGUCUGGACUGGGUGGAGUCAUGCAGCAAAGCGAUGAACAUCCCCGUGGUGCACGAUUUCAACCAUGAAAUCAAGACCAAAGGAGCCCUCAAAGAGUGCGUCGGCUUCUUUUCCGUCAGCUAUAAUCCCGACGAUGGCCGGCGGUCGAGCGCCAGCGUGGCGUACAUCCACCCGAUUCUCCGAGGCGAGGAAAAGCGACCGAACCUCAAGAUCCUGACCAACGCAUGGGUUUCGAAAAUCAACGUGUCCCAAGACGACGUCGUAACGGGCAUCAACCUCACCCUGCAGUCCGGACAACAACACACUCUGACCGCAAAGACCGAAACCAUCCUAUGCGCCGGGGCCAUCGACACGCCUCGCCUGAUGCUCCUGUCGGGUCUGGGACCAGCAGACCAGCUCUCAUCCUUAUCGAUCCCCGUGGUCAAGGAUAUCCCUGGAGUCGGCGAGAACCUGCUCGACCACCCGGAAACCAUCAUCAUCUGGGAACUGAACAAGCCGGUUCCACCGAACCAGACGACGAUGGAUUCGGACGCGGGCAUUUUCCUACGAAGGGAGCCUCCUAGUGCUGCUGCAAAGAAGGCAGCCCAAGAAUCCCCGGUGCCGGUCCCAGACGACGAUUCCAUCGCCGACGUCAUGAUGCACUGCUACCAAAUCCCAUUCUGUCUCAACACGACGCGACUGGGCUACGACACGCCCAUCGACGCCUUCUGCAUGACGCCCAACAUCCCGCGCCCGCGGUCCCGGGGCAAACUGUACUUGACAUCCAACGACCCGACCGUCAAACCCGCUCUGGACUUCCGCUAUUUCACGGACCCGGAAGGCUACGACGCCGCCACUUUUGUGUUUGGGUUGCGCGCCGCCCGCAAGAUCGCCCAACAGGUUCCCUUUAGGGACUGGAUCAAGCGCGAAGUCGCCCCCGGUCCGGACGUCCAGACAGACGAAGAGCUGAGCGAAUACGCCCGCCGCGUCGCCCACACCGUCUAUCAUCCCGCUGGCACGACCAAGAUGGGAGACGUUCAAAAGGACGAUAUGGCCGUCGUCGAUCCCCGUCUCAGGGUGCGUGGGCUGAAAAAGCUCCGCAUCGCGGACGCUGGCGUCUUUCCUGCCAUGCCCACCAUUAACCCCAUGUUGACCGUUCUGGCUGUCGGCGAGAGGUGUGCCGAAUUGAUUGCUGCCGAGGCUGGAUGGAAUCCUCAAAACGCCAAUGCCGUCGUCACUGGUCAACCUGACAAUACUACUCGGGUCAAGGCGAGACUGUAA